UACCAGAAGAGUAGUAAGGAAGUUGCAAGCAACUAAGCGGGAGGCGUGAAGGUGGUCUCCCAAGGGUUUAUCAUCUCUUCCGCCGGUAUGCUGUACUCGCGUCGCGGCCAGGUUGAAGGCAAGGUUCCCUCUGUGAAUUAAUUGGCACGGCUGUAGCUCGGUUUUUCGCUCUUUUCCAAGACUUUAUCAGAACCUUUCUUGGAGUUGGACACUCCACUAUGACAAAAGUAUAUGGCACCGGAGUGUACGACUUCCGCCGUCACAGGGUUGCCGAGUAUCCCGUCGCUGCGGAUGCGCAGCAACUAUCGGAAAAGCCGGUGGAGUCUAAACCUGGAUCCAAUUUGCCUAGCUCCAUUACCCUAAGUGAGAUUCAGAGAGACCGUCUGACGAAGAUUGCCGCCGAAAAUUGGUCGGUAGGUGGGGAUUCUGGUUCCAGAAAGCCCUUCAGCCCCGACCUCGUUAAUGACAUAUACUACUCGGAGUUAACUGUUAAAGGGGGUAGAAAGCUAGUGCCAUUGCAAAGAGUGAUGAUACUAGAAGUGAGUCAAUAUUUGGAGAAUUAUCUUUGGCCAAACUUUAACCCAGAGACUGCUUCUUUCGAGCAUGUAAUGUCAAUGAUACUCAUGGUUAAUGAGAAGUUUCGAGAGAACGUUUCUGCUUGGGUUUGCUUUUAUGAUCAGAAGGAUAUGUUUAAAUCAUUUCUUGAAAGAGUACUUCGCCUGAAAGAGGGGAAAAAUUUAACUAUUGCAGAGAAGAUAAACUAUCUACUUUUUAUGAUCAAUGCCUUCCAGAGCUUGGAAGAUGACAUAGUAAGUGAAAGGAUUAUGAGAUUAGCCAGUCUGGAGUGUUGGCAUAGUCUAUCAUAUGGCCGUUUUCAGAUGGAACUUUGUCUCAAUGAAAAUUUGAUCAAAAGAUGGAGAAGGAUAGCAAAGAGAGCCAAAGAUGCAUCUAAGCGUGGAGAAACUUUUGACCCCUCAACCAUGGUAGAAGCAAGCUUCUUGCGUAAUCUGAUUGAGGAAUUUCUGAAGAUUCUUGAUUCUGAGGUUUUCAGAAAUAAAUCAAGAGAUGACGAGGAUAAUGGUGUAACUGACAUUCAUGGUUCUGAUGACGUGGAUGAUGCCUGUGUUCUUUAUUGUGAAAGAUUUAUGGAGUUCCUUAUUGAUCUCUUGAGCCAGUUGCCAACGAGGAGAUUAGUUCGGCCUCUUGUGGCUGAUGUUGCUGUUGUUUCAAAAUGUCAUUUAAGUGCUUUAUACGGGCAUGAAAAGGGAAAACUUUUUGGUCAGUUGGUCGACUUGCUUCAGUACUAUGAAGGGUUUGAAAUUGAUGACCAUCAAGGUAGACAAAUGACUGAUGAUGAAGUUCUUCAAGCUCAUUACAGGCGCCUCCAGGCUUUUCAGCUUCUUGCCUUUAAAAAGAUUCCAAAGCUGAGAGAACUUGCAUUGGCUAAUAUUGGUGCAAUUAAUAAGCGGGAUGACUUGGCGAAAAAACUUUCAAUUCUUUCUCCUGAAGAGUUGAGAGAUUUAGUAUGUGGUAAGCUGAAACUAGUGUCCAAGAACGAUCCUUGGUCGGAAAGGGUGGAUUUUCUAAUAGAAGUCAUGGUUGCAUUCUUUGAGAAACAACAAUCUCAGAGAGAGGCUAUCAAUGCCCUUCCACUGUAUCCCAAUGAGCAAAUAAUGUGGGAUGAAAGCCUUGUACCAAGCAUUAACUACUCUGGUGAAGGAUGUCUAGCACUUCCGAAGCUUAAUUUACAAUUUCUAACACUUCAUGACUACCUUCUUAGAAAUUUCAACCUCUUCCGCCUUGAAUCAACAUAUGAAAUCCGUGAGGAUAUUCAAGAAGCUGUUCCUCAUCUUCUUGCCCAUAUUAAUAAUGAAGGAGAAACUUCCUUCCGUGGUUGGUCUAGAAUGGCUGUACCAAUUAAAGAAUUUAAGAUUACAGAAGUUAAACAGCCAAAUAUUGGCGAAGUAAAGCCUGCUGCAGUGACAGCUGAAGUUACUUUUAGCAUUUCCAGCUAUAAAGCACAAAUCAGAUCUGAAUGGAAUGCUCUCAAGGAGCAUGAUGUUCUGUUUUUGCUGUCUAUUCAACCUUCUUUUGAACCACUAAGUCCUGAAGAAGCAGCUAAGGCAACUGUGCCUCAGAAGCUUGGGCUUCAAUGUGUUAGAGGAUGUGAGAUUAUAGAAAUACGUGAUGAGGAGGGAACUCUUAUGAAUGAUUUUACAGGGAGAAUUAAGAGGGAAGAGCGGAAGCCUCCUAAAGGAGAGCUAAGAACUGUAACUAUUGCAUUAGAUACUGCACAAUAUCAUAUGGAUGUUACUAAUAUUGCAGAGAAGGGUGCGGAGGAUGUCUACAAAACUUUCAAUAUACUGAUGAGGCGAAAACCCAAGGAGAACAACUUCAAGGCAAUUUUGGAAUCCAUAAGGGAUCUAAUGAAUGAAACUUGCAUUGUUCCUGAUUGGUUACAUGACAUCUUUUUGGGUUAUGGAAAUCCUUCUGCUGCUCAGUGGACGAAUAUGCCUGAUCUCCUUGAAAAGGUUGAUUUCAAAGAUACUUUCCUGGAUGCUGCUCAUGUCAAAGACAGCUUUCCCAGUUAUAAGGUCAGAUUUAUAAACUCAGAUGGAACAGACAAUUUGGACCCAUUACCUCCAUUCUGUAUUCACUUCCCUAAAAGUCAAGAAGGCAAAGUUCAUGCUCUGCCUACCAAUGAGUCAUCUGCUAAAUCAUCAAAUAAUGCCAGUAGUUUGGAAGGAGUGCAUUCUGAGAAAAUGGAAGUUCUAGUUGAGACUUAUGUACCUCCUGAUCUAGGGCCAUAUCCCCAAGAUCAACCAAAGCAGAACUCUGUUAGAUUUACUGCUACUCAGGUUGAAGCCAUCAUCUCGGGUAUCCAACCAGGUUUAACAAUGGUUGUUGGUCCGCCUGGUACAGGAAAGACAGAUACAGCUGUGCAAAUCUUGAAUGUUCUUUACCAUAAUUGCCCAUCACAGAGAACUCUGAUAAUUACUCAUUCAAAUCAGGCUUUGAAUGACCUUUUUGAAAAGAUAAUGGAGAGGGAUGUUCCAGCCCGAUAUUUGCUUCGACUUGGGCAAGGUGAGCAGGAAUUGGCUACGGAUCUUGAUUUUAGUCGUCAGGGCCGUGUGAAUGCCAUGCUUGCUCGAAGGUUGGAGCUUCUUAGUGAAGUAGAGCGUCUCGCAAGAUCUCUACUACUGCCUGAGGAUGUUGGAUAUACUUGUGAAACUGCUGGAUACUUCUGGUUGCUGCACGUAUACUCACGCUGGGAACAAUUUUUGGCUGCUUGUGCUGACAAUCAAGACAACCCCACUUUUGUUCAGGAGCGUUUCCCAUUCAAGGAGUUCUUCACAAAUACUCCCAAGCCAAUUUUCACGGGUCAGUCCUUUGAAAAAGAUAUGCGUGCUGCUAAGGGUUGCUUCCAGCACUUAAAAACCAUGUUUCAGGAGCUCGAAGAGUGUAGGGCAUUUGAAUUGCUUAAAUCAACAGUAGACCGAUCAAACUACCUCAUGACAAAGCAGGCGAAAAUAGUAGCUAUGACUUGUACGCAUGCUGCCCUUAAACGGAAAGACUUUCUACAUCUGGGGUUUAAAUAUGACAACCUGCUGAUGGAGGAAAGUGCACAAAUUUUGGAGAUCGAGACUUUCAUCCCAAUGUUGCUCCAACGACAAGAAGAUGGUUAUGCUCGGCUAAAACGAUGUAUAUUGAUUGGGGACCAUCACCAACUGCCUCCUGUUGUGAAAAACAUGGCGUUCCAGAAAUACAGCCACAUGGAUCAGAGUCUUUUCACAAGAUUCGUGCGCCUAGGAAUCCCUUAUAUCGAGCUUAAUGCCCAGGGAAGAGCAAGACCUAGUUUGGCAUGUCUUUAUAAUUGGAGAUACAAAAACCUUGGUGAUCUUCCGUUUGUGAAGGAGAAUGAUAUCUUUCGCAGAGCAAAUGCUGGAUUCUCUUAUGAAUAUCAACUGAUAGAUGUUCCUGAUUACCAUGGGAGGGGUGAGAAUGCUCCUUCUCCUUGGUUCUAUCAGAAUGUCGGGGAGGCUGAGUAUAUUGUCAGUGUCUAUAUGUACAUGCGUCUACUUGGGUAUCCUGCCAACAAAAUAUCGAUAUUGACAACAUACAAUGGCCAGAAACUUCUGAUUCGUGAUGUUCUUAACCAACGAUGCAGCCCUUACCCAUUCAUUGGUUUACCACACAAGGUCGCCACUGUCGAUAAGUUUCAAGGUCAACAGAAUGAUUUCAUCUUAUUAUCUCUUGUCCGUACUCGGUUUGUGGGGCAUCUCCGUGAUGUAAGACGGCUGGUGGUCGCAAUGUCCCGUGCUCGACUUGGCCUCUAUGUUUUCUGUCGGCGUUCUCUGUUCGAACAAUGCUAUGAACUACAACCCACGUUCCAACUUCUGCUUCAGAGGCCCGACCAUCUCGCUCUAAAUCUAAAUGAGGUCACAGCAUAUACAGAUCGUCAUGUCGAAGACACUGGACCUGUCCAACUUGUUAGCGGCGUCGAGGAGAUGGCAAGCAUUGUACAUUACAAGAUGCACGAGGUUUACCAGAUGCAGAUGAUGAGUCAGCAGAUGAGCCAAUUUUCUGAGGAUUAUUCAGGACAAGUGGCAAUGCAGCAGAUCGACGCAGGUGAGGACAACGGAGGGACAACUCUGAAUGCCGCCAUGGAUGUCGAUUCUCACCCCUCCACUGACGUUGAGAGUGCCAUGGAUGUCGAUACGCGCCCUUCAGCAGAUGGUGAGAAUGACAAGAAUACAUUACUUGAUGGCGAGGCUAAUGAUUCGGCUUCUGCACAAGUGGAUGGAGACGAGCAGCCUUAAAAUGAACGGGGUAAUCGAUGAUGCUUUUUGCAAUCAGGAACUUGUGUUGAUCGAGAUCAGAGAUGGAUGAUUCCCAGUGAUGUGCAUCGGUAUUUUUGGAGACUUGAAGAACACUUGAGCGAGAACUGAACUGUGUUCUAAUCAUUGGAAUCAUCCAUGCAUCCAUCCAUCCCAGUUUAGCUGAAUACUAUACUAGUAAGUGAUCAAUCUUAUAUCCUUUUCUAUAAAGUUGGAUUGGAUUCUCUUUGAUGUUUGUUUCCAAUAUCUGGAAUUAUUUCAUAUUUUAUCAA